AUUAGACUGAGUUCAUUUUUUACGUUUACAAGCAUGGCUCAAGUUUUUUUUUUUUUUUUUGUUCCUUUUCUUAUUAAUGAUUCUCGUUACCAAAAUCCCAUCUCAAUUAUCUGAUUUAAGACCAGAAUUUAAUGUGUGCUUAUUAGCGUUUCUCACUUCUCUUUUUCUUCGAAUUCUACCUUUGUAUGUUCCUUUUUUGAACUUCUUUUAUGAAGUCAGAAUGGUGGGUUUUUCUUCUUCUUCUUCCUUUUAGGCUUUUUUUCUCGGCUUUACUUUUUUAGUGAAUGAUUCUGUGUUAAUGAAGGUUAAUUAAGGACAAAACUGUGUAACAAUGUAGACUUUUCUGUCUGAAUGCAAAUUUGUUGAUUACUUUGUCCCUUUUAACAGUUCAAUACUAAUCUGCAGAUUGACCUUUAUUGCCAUUUACAUAGAAUUUUAAAUUUGACCAUAUUGAUGAUUUUCUAGUAUAUGAAUUUUAUGGCCAUAUUUAUGUCAUAUUCAAGAAUUUGUUAUCUACCGAUGUAUCCAUUGAAAUUUUGUAUCGAUGGAUUGGAGGAUUCAAUAGCGAAUAGUGAAAUAGAACGCAAAAAUGAAGGGGGAAUCGUCAGGAUUGAUUAUUGGGAUUUCGAUAGGGGUGGUGAUUGGAGUGCUUUUGGCCAUUCUUGCUCUGUUUUGUUUUAGGUACCAUAGAAAGCGAUCGCAGAUUGGGAAUAGCAGUUCAAGGAGGGCAGCGACGAUCCCUAUCCGGGCUAAUGGUGCAGAUGCAUGUGCUGUCAUGUCUGACUCGACCAUUGGUCCGGAUUCACCUUUGAAAGCAGGAAGAAACGGUGUGUCCUUGUGGCUUGAAGGAUUUAAGAGGAGUAGCGUGGGUUCAUUUUCUGGGAUACCUGUGUAUUCUUACAAGGAUCUACAAAAGGCAACCUAUAAUUUUACAACACUAAUUGGACAAGGAGCAUUUGGUCCUGUUUAUAAAGCUCAAAUGACAACUGGUGAGACUGUUGCUGUUAAAGUUCUUGCAACUGAUUCAAAGCAAGGGGAGAAGGAAUUUCAGACGGAGGUUAUGCUAUUGGGAAGGCUGCAUCACAGAAACCUUGUGAAUUUGGUUGGAUAUUGUGCAGAAAAGGGCCAGCAUAUGCUUAUAUAUGUCUAUAUGAGUAAAGGCAGUUUGGCUUCUCAUUUAUACCGAGAAGACAUCAAACAUUUGAGCUGGGAUUUGAGGGUACAUAUUGCUCUAGAUGUAGCAAGGGGCUUGGAGUAUCUUCAUGAUGGGGCAGUUCCACCUGUAAUUCACCGGGACAUUAAAUCUUCCAACAUUCUGUUGGAUCACUGCAUGAGAGCCAGGGUAGCUGAUUUUGGGCUUUCAAGGGAAGAGAUGGUUGACAGACAUGCAGCUAAUAUAAGAGGAACUUUUGGGUAUCUCGAUCCUGAAUAUGUUUCUACAGGAACCUUCACAAAAAAAAGUGAUGUCUACAGCUAUGGAGUGUUGCUUUUUGAACUUAUAGCUGGCAGAAAUCCUCAGCAAGGUCUUAUGGAAUAUGUUGAACUUGCAGCAAUGAAUACUGAGGGAAAAGUUGGGUGGGAGGAAAUAGUGGAUUCACGUCUGGAUGGGAAAUAUGAUGUUCAAGAGCUUAACGAAGUGGCAGCUCUAGCAUACAAAUGUGUGAACCGUGCCCCAAGAAAGCGGCCUUCAAUGCGAGACAUUGUGCAAGUUCUUUCCAGGAUCCUCAAAUUGAGGCACAAUAAGAAGCAUCACAAGAAAUCCCUUUCUGCUGCCACAGCAGACGAAGUUUCCAUCGAUAUGGAUCAACAAGAAAUCAGAACUCCGGUCUCUGAUCGCCACCGGAGAGAGGAGUCGGUCGACAGUGCUGACACUUGUGAAGUAUAGAUGACUGUUUAAAAAAUCAGUUCAUUUGGGACAGUCCUUGGUUUUGGUUCGUGGUUUAUACAUGCAGUUCAAAAGGAGCAUGGCAAGCAGAUUUGUUGCAGUACUGUUUUGUUUUUUUUUUGUUUUUUGCCUGAGUGGGUUCGUAGUGCAGAGGAUCAGUUCAGUUUGUUUAUAGGUUUUUUUUUUUUUUUGUAUUUGUUUGUAAUAUAACUAGGUCCUUUUCUUUCUCUUUCACUUGGGUAAAAUGACAUAUCCCUGAUUUUGUACAUGAAUGCUUUGAAUCAUGAAGGAAAAUUACAUUUUUUUACCUUUU